CACUAUGUGCUCAUUAACGCAUCAUUGUGUUAUUCAGUCUGAUGUCUGUUUUGUAAGAAGGUAGUUUGUUCAUGGCUGGCAAUGUUAACCAUUUAAUACGACCUUACGUUUAUAAAUCCAGCCUGUUGAGGUUUUAUUCAAUGGAUGGUAUGGGCACGGUGGUCGCGACGCGUCGUUCCCGGUUCGAGCGGAUGGACUUCGAUAACGUGGUGCUGAGAAAACUUCCUGUAGAGGAGUCGGAGUCCCCCGGAGUGAGGAUAGUCCGCGGCGCUUGUUUCUCCAGAGUGAAGCCGCAGCCGCUGCAGAAUCCGCGCUUUGUAGCUUUAUCCGGACGCGCCAUGGCGCUGCUGGGCCUCAGCGAGGAAGAGGUGAUAAAUGACCCGCUGGGCGCUGAGUACCUGAGCGGCUCCCGGGUGAUGCCAGGCUCCGAGCCCGCUGCGCACUGCUACUGCGGACACCAGUUCGGCAGCUUCGCUGGGCAGCUGGGAGACGGAGCUGCCUGCUAUCUGGGUGAAGUGAAAGCUCCUGCUGAUCAGAGUCCAGAGCUACUAAUGGAAAACCCCAGCAAGCGCUGGGAGAUCCAGCUGAAGGGGUCUGGACUCACUCCAUACUCCAGGCAAGCAGAUGGACGUAAAGUUCUGCGCUCCAGCAUCCGUGAGUUUCUGUGCAGCGAAGCCAUUUCUGCCCUUGGGAUUCCUACCACACGUGCUGGAUCUGUAGUCACCUCAGACUCACGGGUCAUGAGAGAUGUGUUUUACAACGGCAAUCCAUGCAUGGAGAGAUGCUCAGUGGUGUUGCGCAUUGCUCCCACCUUUAUCAGGUUUGGUUCAUUUGAGAUUUUCAAAGAGGAGGAUAAAUUCACCGGUCGGCAGGGACCCAGUUAUGGAUAUAAUGAGAUACGAACCCAGAUGCUGGAUUAUGUCAUUGAAACUUUCUAUCCAGAGAUCCAACAGAGCCAUUUGGACCCAGUGGAAAGGAACACUGCAUUCUUUAGGGAGCUGAUGAUGAGAACAGCCAGACUUGUGGCCCAGUGGCAGUGUGUGGGAUUCUGUCAUGGUGUCCUCAAUACUGAUAAUAUGAGUAUACUGGGGCUUACACUGGACUAUGGACCAUUUUGCUUCAUGGACCGCUUUGACCCAGAGUUCAUAUGCAACGCCUCUGAUAAUUCUGGCCGUUACUCAUAUCAAUCUCAGCCAGAAAUCUGUCGCUGGAACCUGGCUCGGCUAGCAGAAGCUUUGAACCCAGAUCUGCCUUUGGACCGGGCACAGGCUGUGUUGGAGGAGUACACGCCCCUCUUCAACAUGUUCUACUUGCGCAACAUGAGAAGGAAACUGGGCUUGCUGAGGAAAGAGGAACCAGAGGAUGAGAUACUCAUCACGAACCUAAUGCAGACAAUGCACAACAUGGGUGCUGACUUCACCAACACGUUUCGCUGUUUGAGUCAGAUCUCAAUCCCCACAGAAGGAGAGGCAGCGGGCGACGAUGACGCUGUCAAACAGGCCACAGAGCUUCUCCUGCAGCAAUGUGCCUCUCUAGAGGAGCUAAAGGCUGCCAGCAAACCUAGUAUGGACCCACGUGAGCUCUCUAUGCUGCUCUCCUUGGCUCAGAGUAACUCUGCGCUGUUCGGCAUGAUGUCAGAUCGGCGGACGUUGGCCCGGGAGCUGGAGAAGCUGUCUAGGUUAAAGGAGCUGCUGGAAAGCACAGAAACAGACCUGAAGGCAAAGCAGACAGAGGCAUGGACCUUCUGGAUUAAACAAUACAGGCAGCGUCUUGCUCGUGAGUAUGAAGGAGAUUGUGAUGUGAAGGCAGUGCAGGAGGAGAGAGUGCGUGUGAUGGACAGCACCAAUCCUCGUGUUGUGCUUCGAAAUUACAUUGCCCAGAAUGCAAUAGAAGCAGCUGAGAAUGGCGACUUCUCUGAGGUUCAGAGAGUUCUGAAAGUGCUGGAGAAGCCGUUUUGCAUGCAGGAGGGCUUGGAGCUGCCAGGCCGCACGGUAAGACGAGGGUCAGAGGAGGCACAAGAGAGCGAUGAAGACGAGGGGCAAAGAGAGGCUGAGGAGGGUGUUACAGGAGCAGAGAGCAAAGUUAUUGUGUCUUAUGACAGUAAGCCCCCAGCAUGGGCUACUAAAAUCUGUGUCACAUGAUCAUCCUAAAACCUUCAGGACAAGUAGCCCAGAGAUUCCCUCUCUGGGUGUCUGUCUGUGAAGGCUAUUUCAGGUACUAAACUCAUGUUAACCAGUUUAAGAAUAUAUAGAAAAUAUUUAAAAAACAAAGGUUAAUUUCCUAUGAAACUGAAAAUGCGUUUUUACAUAUUUUUAUUUUCUAUAUAUUUGACUGGUUAUAAAUGAUGACUUAGACCACCAGUCUAAUUGACAGGUCUUAGUCGGAAAAGACAGGGUUUGGUGCUGUAUAAACCAAAAAUUAUGUGGGCUAAUGUGAGAGAGAUUCUAUUUUCAUGUGUAAUUUGAGUGUGCAUGUGUGUGUGAGUGAGAGAGCAAGCGAGCAAAAGUCUUAACGCACAAAUAAGUGAGCAGUAAUGAUUCAAAAUGUAAGCGCACAAUUAAAUCAUACCUGCAAACUA